UUCGAGUGGUGAUUCUUUUUUUACUUUUUAGAUAAUAAAAUGUCGUUAAAGUUUAAAAUUAUUUCGGUUAAUUUGCCACAAAAACUAAAUCAAGAAGAGCAUAAAGAACAGCAACAAUUACAAAAACGACAACAAAAUAUAUAUGAAAAUCAUCAGCUACACUAUAAUGAGCAACAAUAUAAAGAAUUCAAUGAAAAUCAAGUAGAACAAAAUAAGGAAGAAAAUCAGGAAGAACAGAAUAAUAAUAAUAUACCACAAUUAUUACAACGAAUUCAACGUAACAAAUUUCAAUAUAAAAAAAAUCGCCAUAAAAACUUUUUAACCAACUUUUGGAUUAUCACAAUAAUUUUAAUGUUAACCCCAAAAUUUCAUGUUAUAUCGGGUGAAAUAAUAUUCCGUGUGGAUCCAUUAGCUUUAUUGUCAGCAACAUUAAGAACAUAUCAGAGGGCGGUAUGUGACACAGAUCAAGUGAUAUUAACUUGUCCUCGUGGCACUAGCAUAUCAAUUGAAGUUGCACAAUAUAGUAAACAAGAUGAUGGUAUUUCAAUAGAUGAGUUAUGUCCUUUAAAUGAAGGACUAUCAUCACCAAAACAAGUUAUUAUCGGAUCAACGAAUUCAAAUAGUAAUGAUUCAAUAAAAUUCAAUUCAAAUUUAAAUAAUUCAAGUAUAAGUGGAGGAAGUGGUAACAGCGGUAGCAGUAGUAGCAGUAGUAGUAAUAGUAAUACAAAUACAAUUAAUAAUAAUAAUAAUAUAAAAAAUAGUAAUAAUAUUAGUUUAAAUAAUAAUAAUAAUAAUAUUAAUAUAACAAAUAGUACUAAUACAAAUAAUAAUAAUGAUUUAAAUAGCAUUGGUAAUAAUGAUAGUAAUAAUUUUGGUGGUAUUUCAUCAACAGAAAUUGUAAUGCCCGAGAAUUGUAUGUGGCCAAAUGCAUUUCAGUAUUCUCUGUUACAAACAGUUGUGGAAGCAUGCCAAAAAAAGAAACAUUGUAAAUUUAAUGCAACACCGGGUACCUAUGGUGUUGGUGCAAGUGGCCGUGGUGAAGCUGGCAGCAGUAGUUUUCAUCAUAGAAUGCCAGAUCCAUGUCCUCGUGUAAGGAAAUUUGUUGAGAUUGCAUAUAAAUGUCGACCAUAUGAAUUUCGAAGUAAAGUUGCAUGCGAAAAUGAUAUUGUUCAACUGGAAUGUAACCCAUAUUCAAGAAUUGCUGUAUACAGUGCUAGUUUUGGGCGAACCGAAUAUGAAAGUAUACAAUGUCCGCAACCACAAGGUGUUCGUGAAGAAACAUGUCUUGCUUCAUAUGCAACUGAAACUGUAAUGCAAAUAUGUCAUGGCCGAAGGAGAUGUAAUCUUGCUGCUGAUGCAAAUACAUUUGGUUCACCAUGUCAUCGUAAUUCUAGAAUGUAUUUAAAAGUUGUUUACACAUGUGUUCCAAAACAAGUUCUUAAAGAACGUUAUGAAUCUGUAAGUGAAAUUGAUGAACCAGAAGAUUUUGAAGGUGAUGCAAAUGAUUUAUAUGAUGAUGAUCCUUAUUAUAAAGAAUCCGAGGCAAUACCAAAAUUACAGAGUAAUUUAACAAGAAAUGUAAAUAGUAAUAAUAUUACUGUAGGAUUAUCUACUAAUUCAACAAAUUCAAAUACAACUAGUACAAUUGAACCAACUUUAAGUAGUUCAAAUCCAAUAAUGACACAUACAAUGGGUAUGAAUUUUGAAAGUAACAACGAAAAGUUUUAUAUAAUACUAUUAUUAGUAGGAACUGGUUGUAUAUUAUUUUGUGUAGUUAUAAUUGCAACACGCUUAAUAAUGUUACGAAAGAGAGCAGAGUCUGCAACACAAGAUCAACAUUCAACAAAUUCAUCAAAAGGUGAAACAACUAUACCAAAUGGUUUUAAUGAUAGCAUAUCAGAAAUUGAUGCAGAUAUUGAUUUAACAGUACAGAUGUCAGUGCCAAGUGUUUCAAAAAGUGAGAAUUUAAUAAAUUAUAGUCAAACAUCAAGUUUAUAUGGAAGUUUAGGACCAUCAAAUGUAUCUCAUACAUCAUCAACUAUGUUAUUACAGGCAGCACCAAAUCCUUUAUUAUGUACAAGGCAAUCACCAGAUAUAAUUGGUGUAACAAAUUCAUAUAUGACUGCCCAACCACCAGGAAGUGUAGCUUCAUCUUUUACACAUGUUAGUAGCGGAAUAGGUACUAUUGUUCCUAUUACAUCAUUGGCUCAGUAUACCACUGCCACAGGUUCAACAUUUCAUACAGGUACAAAACCUCCACCAACCGCUGGUUAUAUUAUGGAUAGUGAUGGAGUUUUAAGGCGUCCAGCAGCGUCAGUAAUUAAUUCACAACAACAACAGCAACAGCAAAAACCAUUACCAUCAAUUGUUAUUGGUAGUGGUGGUACUAUAAAUUCUGUUAUAGGACAUCAAUUAUCAACAUCAUCAUCUUCAUCAAUAUCACCACAACCGAUAUCAAUAUCAACAUCAAUAAAUCAACCACAUCAUAAAUCUACAGUUGUUGUUGUAUCACCACCAUUAUCAGCACAAACUUCUAUUGAAUUACCAUUUCAUUAUGAUGGUACACCACCAAGAACAUUAUCAACUGGUGUCGCACAAAAUCCACAAUUUUUCUAUGGAUGACAAGAUACACAACAAU